AUAAAAAUAAAAGUACUUUACAACAAAAACAGCUUGAUUAUUUUGAAAUAACAAGCAAUAUUGUUCAAGAAAAUAUUAUUCAUCACUUAUCAGUAACAGAUCAAAAUAAAAGUUUAUCGGCUAAAAGAAUUCAAAAUGAGGAUAUAAAAUCAAAAAUAGCAAAAAUUCUUCAGCAAUUUGAUGGUUUAUCAGGACAAUCUUUAUUAAGAAAAAUUUUGGAAGAUAAAUUAUAUACUUUGUAUAAUGAUAAUAAACAUGUUUAUUGUCAUAUUAUUGAUUUAACUAAAUCAAACAAAGAACUUAAUAACUUAGCUACGGUUACGGUUAAUAAUAAUAGAAUUGAACAGCAUGAAGGAGAAUUAACUAGUUCAAUUCGUUGUAAAUAUAGUCAUAUAUCUAAUUUUGAUAAAUGGAUUAAUUAUUCUUUUAAAGAACUUGAUAAACAUAUAAAAAAUCAAGAAAAUCAUUCUAAAAAAUAUCGUUUUGAUAAUCUUGAUAAGUUACUCAAAUACUACAAAAAAGAAAUUCUUGAUUCUAAAUAUUGGCAACUAGUUAAAGAAUAUCCUAUAUUAGGAGGUCUUUUGGAAGCAGUAGAAGAACAUGGAAUUGAAGAUUAG